GUCGGUACCAAUCACUAAAACGAAGCCGAGGCACACGGGUAAACCGCGGAAGAUGGAUCUUGUCAACGGCACUAGACUGUCGGACUUCUGUCCACCCUUGUCUGUUGCAUGCAUGAUGACCGGCAAGGCUGCAUCACAAGGAUCAUGGCGAUAGUGCUCUGCUCGUAACUCACCAGGCAACCCGCCUUACCAAGGCCAAGUACAAACAUUCGCUCUUUCCGUCGUCAUUUCUUUAGCUCGCCUCUCUCCACCUUGGAUACCAUGUGUAAUCAUUCGCUGUAACCAGUUUCAAUCUAUCAAAUGUUGCCCGCAAUGUCUCCAAUACGUGAAAUGUAUGCGAUACUGGUUACAGUGCUCUUUUUCCAAAUCGCGACAUCGUCAUCAAAUCUCGAGUCGCAAGAACUAGAAGCACGAAAUGGAGGCGGCGGCUGGACGAAUGCAUACUGGAUGACACAACAAGGCCUCACAGCAGCAACACAAGCGCAAUGUCCUUCCUGGUCUCCAAUAAACUGCAACGCCAUCCAGGAACCUGAUUAUUGCUGCACACCAAGCACCUACUGCGCACGCGCCUCCGACAAUACAAUCGGCUGCUGUCCUUGGGGUCAAACUUGCACUCCUAAUAUCGCUGGAGCAGGAGCAGGAGCAGGAGCAGGAGCAGGGGGAGGAUGGCAACAACAUCCCACACCAACAUGGCAGCAACAGCCCUCUACGGUGUAUGUCACCGAAGGCCAUGCCACAACAACUGUAGUAUAUGCAGCGGGACAGAACACACAGGGUUAUACAACGCAGCAGCAGACUGGGUAUCUCGGGCAAGGUCAAGGGCAGUAUUGCUCUACAUUGUAUGCGCAUGGGGAUAAUUUGCCUACGACGGAGGUGGGGACUUGUGGGACGAUUUUGAUUGCCAAUAAGGCGUCGAGAGAGAUAGGGAUAUCGAAGUGGGUGAUGAUGGGAAGCUUUUGGGUUGUUGCUGGAGGUAUGAUAUUGCAAGCGAGAGCCUGGAUGUAAUGUUGUGAUGCAGAAUAGUACGAGA